CGUAUAGACACCCAGAAAAAAAAAAAAGAAGAAGAAAGAAAGAAUAACAGAGCUAGUCUCCCUCUCCUUAGCCUCGCCAGCUGCUACACUUACACACGCCCACCAAAAUCUGUCUCCCAAUAAAAGCUCGGAAAUUGCAUAAAAAUGGCAGCGACGGCGAGUGCCUCUUGGCAACCACAGGAAGAUGGGUUGAAGGAGAUCUGCGUGUUGCUGGAACACCAGAUUUCUCCUUCUUCAUCUGCUGACAAGUCCCAGAUUUGGCAGCAACUUCAGCACUACUCUCAAUUUCCCGAUUUCAACAAUUACCUUGUUUUCAUUCUUACUCGCACUGAGGGUAAAUCUGUGGAAAUUCGACAAGCUGCUGGUCUGCUGCUGAAAAACAACCUCAAAACUGCAUAUAAAUCAUUGACUACGGCAUGCCAACAGUAUAUUAAGUCAGAGUUGUUGCCUUGUUUAGGAGCAGCAGAUAGGCAUAUAAGAUCAACGGUUGGGACCAUUAUAAGUGUUGUUGUUCAAAUAGGGGGAAUUUCAGGGUGGCCUGAGCUGUUGCAGGCUCUUGUAACUUGCUUGGACAGUAAUGAUCUUAAUCACAUGGAAGGUGCUAUGGAUGCUCUGUCUAAGAUUUGUGAGGAUAUCCCUCAAGUUUUGGAUUCAGAUGUACCCGGCUUGUCUGAUCCCCCAAUCAAGAUAUUCCUUCCUCGAUUUUACCAUUUUUUCCAGUCACCACACAGUUCGUUGAGAAAGCUUGCCUUGGCUUCUGUGAAUCAGUACAUUAUGUUAAUGCCUGCUGCUUUGUAUGCAUCUAUGACUGAAUAUCUUCAGGGUUUGUUUAUUCUUGCUCGGGAUCCUACUUCAGAAGUGCGGAAAUUGGUUUGUGCAGCUUUUGUUCAAUUAAUUGAAGUCCGUCCAUCUUUUUUAGAGCAUCAUUUGAAGGAUGUUAUUGAAUAUAUUUUGCAAGUCAACAACGAUAGUGAUGAUGAAGUAGCUCUUGAAGCAUGUGAAUUCUGGUCUGCAUACUGUGAUGCUCAGUUAUCACCUGAAAACUUAAGAGAAUUCUUGCCCCGCCUAAUUCCAGUUUUGUUAUCAAACAUGGUUUAUACCGAUGAUGAUGAGUCACUUGUUGAGGCUGAGGAGGAUGAGUCUCUCCCAGAUCGUGAUCAGGAUCUGAAACCACGUUUUCAUUCAUCACGACUUCAUGGAUCAGAUAGUGUGGAUGGUGAUGAUGAUGACAUAGUUAAUAUAUGGAAUUUAAGAAAAUGCAGUGCAGCUGCUCUGGAUGUUCUAUCAAAUGUGUUUGGAGAUGAGAUUCUUCCAACACUGUUACCUGUUGUUCAGGGUAAGUUAUCUGCUACUGGUGAUGAAGCCUGGAAAGAAAGGGAAGCAGCUGUCUUGGCUCUUGGUGCUGUAGCUGAGGGUUGUAUUAAUGGUCUUUAUCCUCAUCUGUCUCAGAUUGUGGAAUUUCUUAUUCCCUUAUUAGAUGAUAAGUUCCCCCUCAUACGGAGUAUUUCUUGCUGGACACUUUCUAGAUUCAGCAAAUACAUUGUUCAGGAAAGUGGCCAUGAAAAAGGAUUUGAACAAUUUGACAAGGUUCUUAUGGGUCUUUUACGAAGAAUAUUGGAUACUAACAAGCGGGUCCAAGAAGCUGCUUGUUCAGCUUUUGCAACACUAGAAGAGGAGGCUGCCGAAGAGUUGGCACCCCGCUUAGACAUUAUUCUACAGCAUCUCAUGUGUGCUUUUGGGAGAUAUCAGAGACGGAAUCUCAGAAUUGUAUAUGAUGCUAUUGGAACUCUUGCGGAUGCUGUUGGAGCAGAACUGAAUCAGCCCACAUAUCUUGAAAUUUUGAUGCCACCAUUGAUCGGAAAGUGGCAGCAGCUUUCAAAUUCAGAUAAAGAUCUUUUUCCAUUGCUUGAGUGCUUUACAUCCAUAGCACAGGCAUUGGGUCCGGGGUUCUCUCAAUUCGCUGAGCCUGUGUUUCAGAGGUGUAUACAUAUCAUCCAGAGCCAACAUGUGGCAAAGGUUGAUCCUGUUUCAGCAGGAGUUCCAUAUGAUAAAGAGUUUAUCGUCUGCUCUCUGGAUCUCCUUUCUGGACUUGCUGAGGGUCUUGGUAGUGGGAUAGAGAGUUUGGUUUCACAAAGUAGUUUGAGGGACCUGCUUCUGCAAUGUUGUAUGGAUAAUGGCACUGAUGUUCGUCAAAGUGCCUUUGCACUCCUUGGAGACCUUGCCAAAGCAUGUGCUGUUCAUUUGCGGCCUCGAUUGCAUGAAUUUCUUGAUGUUGCAGCUAAACAACUGAACACCCCCAAGCUCAAGGAAACUAUGUCAGUAGCAAAUAAUGCUUGUUGGGCUAUCGGAGAAUUAGCGGUUAAGGUUCAUCAAGAAAUUUCUCCUAUUGUUAUGACCAUUAUAUCGUGCUUAGUUCCAAUACUUCAACAUUCAGAGGAGCUGAACAAGUCCCUCAUUGAAAAUAGCGCAAUCACACUUGGGAGGCUUGCAUGGGUUUGUCCUGAGCUUGUAUCACCACACAUGGAGCAUUUCAUGCAAUCAUGGUGCAUUGCUUUGUCUUUGAUUCGUGAUGAUAUUGAAAAGGAGGAUGCUUUCCGAGGCCUGUGUGCAAUGGUUCGAGCAAAUCCUUCAGGAGCUUUAAGCUCACUUGUUUUCAUGUGCAAAGCUAUAGCAAGUUGGCAUGAAAUAAGGAGCGAGGAGCUGCACAAUGAAGUUUGUCAGGUGUUGCAUGGUUACAAACAGAUGCUUGGAAAUGGAGGAUGGGACCAGUAUAUGUCUGCUCUGGAGCCUCCGGUGAAGGAGAAGCUUUCAAAAUAUCAAGUAUAAUGCUAUUCAAGUUUUGCUUGCUAAACCUUUGCAUACUAUUUGGGUCUUCUGUGCUGGGUAUUUGCAUCAGCCAUGAUAAUCAUUUUGCGCUUUGUCCUAUAUGAUUGGAGCCACAAGUCAUUUAGGCACAGACCAGGAUUUGGUCGCCAUUUUUUUCAUGCAAAGCAUUGGUAUUGCCAUAAUUCUAUGAAGCUUGAAGCUAAUAUGCACCUCUUCUAAGUAUUCAACAGAUUGGUUCUCUGAGUCGCAUAUGGUUCGAGAAAAAUGAAGGAAUUGGAAUAUAGAAAUGGUAGGCAGGGGUGCAGCUUCCAAGCUUUUGAGAGCAUUUUUCAUAUUGGAUGUUUUGUAUGAGAGUAUGGCCUAUAAUGAUCUCAUUAAAGCUUCCAAUUCUUUUUAUUUUUGGGUCUUAUGUUUUUGUUUUUUUCCCUCAAGAGUUGAUAGGUUUUUGUGUGAUUUUCCCAGAUUUUGUACAACAGGCAUUGACAAUGAUUUGAUUACAAGUUUUUUUUUUUUCAGUUCAUCAUUCUUCAAGGUUUGUAACUAAUAGUCUAGGAUGAAUUCAGUAUCUUGUUUCAUGAGGGAGUGAUAUUGGAACCUUGUAUCUUAUAUUAUUUAUUCAAUCGGUAUUUUGUUUGGAUUUA